AUGGAAUACCAAGACAGUUCGCCACCCAGGUUUAGGAACCCUAGCUCUAACAGAGUCACUGUAUACAACGGUGCCACCCUGCCAACGAUGCCGAAGAGCGCCACACCGACAUCGAGCUCAACAACAGUUACGACGCAUCUGCAAAAUAUUAAGGAGGAGGAAGCAAACGAUGACGAACUCACUCAAGUAGAUCGUUCUUCUCCUCGUGUUCUAGGGAGAAUCUCCUCUACAUCCUCAUCUUCAUCCAAUAUCGAUUUGCACGAUAACUUGGAUAUGUUACACGAAAUAGAAAAAUCAAAUACCAAUCUUUCUUUAUCAGCUCCCAAUUUACACGAGGAAAUGGGUAUGCUCAGCGAUAAAGGUAACAGUAAAGAAGAGUUGGCUUUGUUGCCACCUUUACCUCACACAGGUGAAAUGGAAAUCACUCCACAAUUUGACAUCAACGAGGCUAUUUUUGAACGAGAUGACAUUAGCCACUCUUCAAGGCUGGAGGCAGAUGACGUGAUAGCAAAGUUAGCAAACUCUACUCGAGAUGCUACGAGGGAAGAUCAGGAAUUUGCCAUCGUGGCUCAUGGCCACAAUGCAUCGACAAACGACGAUUCGCAGUUAAGCGCUACCAUUCUUGACAACCAAACGUCGUUUGAUCUUUCUAAAGCUCUAGAGAUGACUAGUUAUUCAAACAUUUCCAACAUUAUAAAUAGUUCUGGCUCUGAGGGAAGACGUUCAAGGACCCCGGUAAGUAAUGCCACUUUGAAACCACUCUCAUCAUCUCCUGAAAGUGCGGAACGUGAGGAAAACACGACUUCGUCUUCUUCCACGUCAGGUCACAUGGCUACUAUGCAGUAUGAUCCUAAGGAAAAAACAAAUUUCACCCCCGUUUCACCUUCUUCUGUUUUUGAUCAACAACAGAACAACGCAUCUUUGCGAGAAAGAAGCAGAUCUAAUUCUAGUACACUGGCAUCCACGCUAAGAGAUACGAUUAUUUCAGGGCUGCCUCAAAACAAUAAUGCUAUAGAAAGAAAAUUAUCGAGGAAGAGUAACAGGAGUAGGAAGAAUACGGUGACCUUUGAAGAACGUCUUCAAAAAUUGCCGCCCUUGAGCACUCAAACUUCGAACCAAUAUACGAAGGUAGUUCCAGUUGAAAAUAAUAUCGCCUUACACGUUCAUAACUUACCUACACCAGUAUCAAACACUCAAACGCCAGUUACAUUUCAAUCUGAAUCUGGGCUGAGAGGGGGAGAGAAGAAGAUGCCUUUUUUGAGAAGAGCCUCUAGUGCCCUAUUAAGAAAGACGUCUGCCAAGAAUGGCACCAAUCUAACCAGAACAAAUACACCUUCUUUAUCGACAUCCCAAACAUUUGAAUCGGACCUAAAUGGUCGGCAACCUAUGCUAAUUCGACGAUCCUCCAAUAUUGAAAGCAAACUACCUAGAAGGCAGCUUUCGUGUUCAAAGCUUUAUUCGCGUCUGGAUUCAGAUCUCAAGUCUGCGAAUGGCAAUCGAGCUUCGGAGGAGGUCUUAGGAUCCACCGCAAAUGAAGCAGAACACGUCUACAGGAAAACGUCCCUCGGCUCUAAGAUAAGGAGAGGUUUCACUAGAAUAUUGAGUGAUAGUAAUAAUAGUAAGGAAGUUCUCACUUCAUCGCCCAAAUCUAUUGCGACCGCAGGACCGACAGCAUUGUCUUUAUCCUCUUUAUCUACCACGGGAAGCAAUCCGAUAACGCCAAGCUCCAAAGAAAAUAAUCGAGUUUCAAUAGAUAGCGUGAGUACAGUUAAUCGAACAUCAACAUCUCUCCCACAGUCAUCAACAGACAUCGUAUCUCCAUUACGCGAAGAAACCAGGAUCAAUGUUCCAAAAAGAUCAUCAAGUAGAAAGAUACUAUCUAAAAAUUCAAGCAAGAGAGAUGUACUGCCCGAACAGCAGGCAAAAACAAGUGAGAUAUAUUUAGAUAAAGAAGCGUUACGAAGUUUUGUUCCUGUACUCUCCGUCACAGAGGACACACAUCGCAUUAACCGCUCUUCGUUACAAACGCAGUCUACUAUCGGAUUAUGCAUUGACAAUUUAAGAAACAAAGAAGGCAAGAAGCUCGACGCCAAGGAAUACGUGGAAAUUCUGACGCAGCAGCAACGCAAGGAAGAUGAAAGAUAUGCCGUUUUAGAAAAAAAAUUCGCAUCUUGUACAUGGUGCAGUGAUAAGGACCUACAGUACUUGAAAAAGAAACGAAUUUCCGUGAACAAGAUAUGGUCUGAUUAUGUCCGAUUUUACCGUGGAAAGUUGAACAACCCAUAA